UACGCGUACACAACGAUCAGUCCACCGGCCAAAACAGAACGUUGCUCGAAACAAAUAAUUCCAUUUCUAUGCUCGACUGCAAUCUAAAACUAUCGUCCUGUAAUUAACCUACAUUGGAAUUAAAAGUUCUGUCUGCAACCGACUUUUUCGCCAUGGGGUUCUUUCGGAUUCUCCUUUGUUUGUUGGUCAUCGUAUUCGCUGUUGAAGUUUCAAAUUCCGCUUCAAUCCAAGGCUAUAUCAAGUCUCGAAGUAAAUCCUCUUACUAUCGAAAUUUAGCUACGAAAGACGGAGCGACAUCCAGGCACGCUGACGAAGUGGCAAACUCCAGGCCCUCUGGACAGAUCAUUUCUGGUGGUUCUGACUUCGGUAAAACAUUAAUGCCUCUCGAUUUCUUACAAAGUAGUGACCAGAGAAUACACGAAGACGCCACAGUCAAAGAUCAGGCAGAAUUAGCAGGACGGAAGGACUCAGUCAAAAAGGCAUUCAGAUUUCUUCACCAUGAAAUGGCCUCUAAUUCCAGUUUGCCUUCGCCAGUACACAGUGUACCACCAUACAUGAUGAAUAUCUAUAACACAUUUACCAUGAAGCGUGACGAUCAUGUUCAACCGGAGGCUAACAUCGUUCGCGGUUUUCUGAAUCAAGGAACAAAUGACCUCGAGAACAGCUCUGGCCUGGAAUCGAUUACGUCAUGGAACCAAGGGACCCUACAUGACGAUGGCGGUGAUCGUAACUUGCUGUUUAAUAUCACGAUUCCAUCAAGUGAAACUGUCGUCAUGGCACAACUUAGGAUCUUCAUUUUGGUUGCUAAUAGCAACAUCCAUUAUGGAGGCAUUGCUCGUAUCCUUGUUUAUCGUGACUGCGAGGUUAACACAAGGCUGCUGACGUCACGGGUGAUAUGUAGGCAAACUAAUGGAUGGGAGAGCUUUGAUUUGACAGGUCUGGUUCGAUUGAAUGUCAAAUCAAAUAUAUCUGGACAACCACGUGUACAAUCACAAUCGCUACGCCUCACGAUCCACCUACAACCACUGAUAAAAAAUGAAGGCAGAUCAAGUCUGGAUGUCGACAUAUCACGUGAUAUCGAAUUGAAGCCCUUAUUGGUUGUUUAUUCAAAUAACUUCAACAGCUUCAAAGAAAUGGGUUACCAACAAAAACAAGACAUGUUUGUAAGCGACCGAAUGAAGAGACACACAGUAGUUGGAACGAGUGAUCUAAACAGCGUCAGCAUUGUUCGUAAGAAGAGAGAUUCUGUGAGACUCAACCACCUGUGUAGACGGCGUCCGAUGCAAGUCACCUUCAAAGAUAUCGGUUGGGAUGAAUGGAUUAUUGCACCCAGACGCUACCAAGCUUUCAAAUGCUCCGGACAAUGUGUCUUUCCAUUAACAGACCACUGGAGUCCUACUGUACAUUCUAUCAUUCAAACAUUGGCCCAUGAGUAUGAUCCAAAAAGCGUAGAAAAUCCGUGUUGUGUGCCAACUAAACUUGAACCAAUAUCAAUGUUAUAUCUCGAUGAAAAUAACAUACUAACGUACAAGUAUCGAUAUGAGGGUAUGGUCGUGAAAAAGUGUGGAUGCCACUAAAAUUAGUGCAACUAGACGUAUUAAUUUGAUGUGACUGAGGAGGGCAUGGGUACAUUUUGAAUAUCAUGCAAAAGGGGUGCGCUCAUUGGCGGACCCAGGAUGGGGCGACAGGGUGCGCGACAAGGGGGCAGUAAAAAAGAGAAAAGUGAUGGAGCAGAUGUCACUUCCCUUACGUUAUUAAAGGAAAAUUUGAAGUUUCUGCUCCCCCCGAAAAAAAAUGCGUGGCGAUGAACACGGUCAGUAUUAUGUACAAAACUCUUACUCCUAUUCCUCUUUAAAACAAAGGCUCAUUCACCCCUUUAUUUCUCAUACCUUAAACGGUGCUUCUCCCCCACUCCGUUCAGCUCAUGUAUUAUUUAUUUUUAGAAUCAACGUCAACUAUUCCCACUGUCCAUUCCCUCUCAUCUUUGCCCCUUCGAGCUUUCGAAGUCCAGUUAGUGAUUUUUGUGUAGCCUCUUCUAUGUUGUAUUCCGUGUUUCAUUAUUUGAAUGUA